AUGCCGGCAACCAUAACCGAGCCUGCUGCACACUCGCACGAAAAGGGGGGCCUCUCAUCAAGAUCCAUAGCAGGACUCGCCAUGAUCCCCGUGGCCGUCAUUUUUAUCGCAGCCGCAAUAUUCACGUACUUCUGCCUGCGCAAACGGCGUAGACGCAGUCCAGCCAUCCGCCACCCUGGACCUUCGCCCCCACCGGUGCCCGAAAAAGACGUUUACUCGCCAGUCAGCUCUUUCGACUCCAUGGCAGGCGGUGGGAAGGUGCGCAGUAUGAGUGCAAUGAGCGCGCCGAUUAUACAUGCGGGGUGGCAUGCAUCACCAUGCCCACAAUCCCAUCCGGGCGCUGCGGCCCACCACAAUCCGUGGAACGACCAACGGCCUAAGAUAUCGGCGGACAUCACCACAGCGGGGUACACAGCGCGGAGAGCGAUUGAAGAGGGAAACGACAGCCCAAUAGACCGAAGCAGUCCCUUUCGACUCAAGCGGGGAGACACGAAGAAGAGAAGUAGCUUGGAUUCGGAGGUUAUGAGUGCUUGGCCCGCGCCACCGCAGCCGGUGCAGCCAGCACCAACACAGCCACUGCGAGUUGGAAGGACCUACAUGGAACGAAGAUCCAUCAGCUCGGAGUACUUUGCGCAGGAAAGGUCCCGUCGUGACGCGCGGGGUGCGCAGGAAUAUUGGGAAGAGAUCAGACUUGAAUUGGGUCCUGAUCCAGGGCCAACUGUUAAAACUUGA